AUGUUAGCAACACUCCUGACUAUAAUAAUAUCUUUCUUCAUUUUUUUAACUUCAGCAGAGGAUGUUUUUUCUUAUAGUGGAUGUUAUCUAUCAAGUUCAUUGCAGUCCAUGGGACUUACAUCAAAAGGGUCUUAUACUUGGCAGUCUCCUUCAUAUUGUGAGGGCCAAUGUUCCGGCUCUGCAUUUAUUGCCUUGUCUGGAGGUGGUAAUUGUUAUUGUGGUUCUGAUACAAACCUUCUUUCAGUAUCUAAACAAUCGGAGUCUAAUUGCAAUACAGGCUGUUAUGGUUGGCCUGCUGCUAUGUGUGGGAACAGUGCUGGAGAUUAUAUGAAUGUUUAUGUCAAUAAAGAUAAAGUUAAUACACUAUCAAGUUCUAGUAGCUCUGCAUCAGCAUCCACAUUCGACACCACUUUGACUAGUUCUUCAGAAUUUACAGGUUCUAUGUUGCAUUCACAUUCGUCUUUGAGUUUAUCGGGAUCUGUUUUCGUUUUCACUUCAAUGUUGUCACAAGGUUCUAACUUACCAAAAUCCACCACUUCUGUACAAGCAAGCACAAAUAAUCAGUUUUCGGAAUCUUCUUCCGUCAUAACAACGUCUACAUUAGCACAAGCAUCUUCUAGUAUUACAUCUUCGAUAUCAUCUACAACUAACUCUGUUUCUUCUACCCAGUUAACUACUAAGAUUGUAACAAAAUCCGUCAUAACUACAUCAAAUAAAGUGCAACGUACAAUAAUCGUGACGGCGUCAUCAGUUGUUGAAACUGUUGUGACCACAGCUUCGGCAAGCACCUAUUACAAUGGAACCAUGCCACUAAAGAAUAAGUCGGCUAGUCCAUUAAGCGGUGGUACAAUCGCUGGUAUUGUGGUUGGUUGUGUAGCUGGUGUGGUUAUUAUUAUAGCAUUGGUUGUCUUUUAUUUCUUAUAUAUGAAACGCCAUUCAAAAAAUGAUGUCUUAGACAUUGAAGAAUCUAAGCAAUAUCAGCCAUAUUCCUUUGGUGACCAAGAUGCUAAUCCUAUUAUUAUCCCUGAACCAACGGGUUACCUAAAUCACGGUUCAAUAAAGAGUAAAUUUAACGGUAAUACUAAUAACAGUAAUAAUAACAGUUCAUGGAAAUUACCUUCGAGAUCAAGUACUAGAAAUAACAGCAAUUCGAAUCUAAAUGGUUCAAAUAACAGCUCUGAUGUGUUUAAUAUGAGGAACGGUAGUAUCCAUAGUUCAGGGACUUUAACCAACAGGUCAAUCCCAAUGGGCAACAAAAUUGCUGAUGGUAGUAAUGCACACAAUAGCAAUGUCAACAGUAUGUCAACGUUCACAAAUCCUUCAACAUUAAAAACACAUGCCAUGAGACGUUCUCAAUUGCCUUCCACGGUAUUCGAAGAGCCUACAAAUAUAUCUUUCUAUGAUGGAGUACAGAGAUUUAGUACAAGUUCUCUACCAGAUAUGAUGGAAGAAAGAAAACCAUUAAGAAUAGUCAAUCCCGACGAUUCUUCAGUAGGGAUACAUGAUAAUAGUGACAAUGGUGAAGACAAUACUAAUGCUACCACGGAAUCUGGUACUUCUAUGUCAUUAUCUAUGGAUGAUGAAAAGUAUUAA